GUGCCUCGAAAGAGAAUUGGAUUCCGAAGUCGUCCUCCAGGAACAAGUUUCUUUGGACGUUCCUGUGAAGUAGAGAAUCUUCACCGCUUCUUAAACCCUGAAGGAACUACUAGGGAAGGCGUUGUAAUUUGGGGCCUCAGCGGAUAUGGAAAGACUCAACUCGCAAUUCAUUAUAUAGACAAUUAUUGGCCAUCGCAUUUGCCUGUGAUUUGGAUUGACGCGUCGAGUAGGGAGAGCAUCGAAGGGGCUUUCGACGAUGUUGCUACAGAGUUACAGACGUCAGGUAAAGCACCUACUGAUGACGUCAUGCGCUGGCUAUGCCAGGACACGAACAAAUCGUGGCUUCUGGUAUUUGACAGCGUCGAUAUCAACGAAGAUCUCGAUAUCCGUAAAUACUUUCCGAAAUGUAAACACGGCAGGAUCAUAAUUACAACCACUCGGUCUGAUAUACAUUCGCCGCUUAAGUUUCACGGAAUUGGGCUCGAAGGGGUAGAUGAUCUUGCGGGCUCUCAGAUCCUUCUAGGGUAUUUGGCAAGAGUCUUACCAGAUGAAUUCAGGGAUCAAUCCAAGAAAGGUCAAGCGGAAAUUACAGCAAAAGCUAUUUCACGGAAGCUCAAAGGCAUUCCCCUAGCGAUGGAACAGGCUGGUGCAUUCCUGUCAUUGGGCACGGUAGAAAUUCACUACUAUCUCGAACAUUUCAAACAGAAGUACGAGGGAGAUACGUACAAUACUCUGCCAUUGCAGUAUGGCUAUUCCUAUGAGAAAAGGCGCACAAUCUAUGCGGCUCUCGACAUGGUUCACGAGAUUCUUCUGACCCAAAAUCCUGAUUCCGUGAAGCUCCUGAACCUAUCUGUCUUUCUAGGCCCUGGAGAGAUCGAAUUUUCAACGCUUGCCCAUGCGCCUUUGCCAGAAGAAUAUUAUGGUUUUGAGUCAAAUCUAGCUUCGAGUUCAAGAGAUGCUGAACGCAUGCUAAAUAUACCGCUCUGGUUGAUUCGUCUGCGCAAUCAGGCGCGAGAUUUUGGAACUGCGAUUCAGAAACUCGAGCAGGUUUCUCUUAUGAAAAUCAAUCGCCAGGGUAGUCAGAUUAUGAGCUAUGUAGUCCACGAGAUGGUUCGUGGCUGGAUUCUGGGGAAGCUAUCGGACGAAGAAACUUCAGAGUGUGCGGCUACUGCCUUUGCAUUAACUGGAAUGGCCCUUUACGAUGAGUCAGGGAUUUGUUCGACACCAACAAUACGGAGAUAUACGGUUCGUCUUAACGCAAUUCUGAGAGUAGCCUCUUCUAGUAUUCGAAAGGAGACUGUGGAGAUGCCAGAAGGAAAAUAUGCUUCACUCUACGGGUCCGUUGCGUCCGGAUUUGGGAAGUUCUGUCGUAUACAGGGACAGUUGGAGAGAGCAAAAGAGCUGUUGACCACAGCUCUCGAAUACCGUACAUGCUCGGGCAAACCUGUUGAGCGCGACCAUUUGACGGAGGUGGAAGAACUCGCAGCAGUAGAUUGGCGACUUGGGAAUCUCGAGGAGGCUAUUGACAGAUAUGAGUCACUCCUAGAUGACUGCAACCGUCUUUUGGGAGACGAUGACGCAAUGACUCUCAAAGUUGCUAAUUCUCUCCGCGACGUUAGAGAACGGCAAGAUGGAUGGAGACGAUAUCAGGAACGCGCAUAUUCUGGUGCAAGCGGCCCGAAGCGUGAUUACGGCAUUGCUAAUGAGCCGCCACAAGAUCAGGAUAUGGACAAUGAGGAGUGGGAAUUAGUGGCAAGUUAUGAAGAAGCGAGGCAACUUCUUGAUAAGAACGACACCGAAACUUUACAACGAGCCCAGGAGCUAGCAGCCUUUUACCGAAAGUGUUCCAGGCCAGACAAGGAGGGUCCAGUGCGUGAGUACAUAUGGCAAUGUUAUUCGACUGCGCCUGGGCGUGUCCGCAUCGAAUCGUUGCGCAACCUGUGUAAGUGCUACAGAGAGUCUGGGAAAUUCGCAGCUAUUCGAAGUCUGCUUCUGGGAACGGAGGAAUACUCGAUUUUUUCCGCAGCCAUUGAAGGAAAUCUAGAUCUAUGCGAACUGCUCGCCAAACAAACGUUCAAUGUCAACAGAAAGGAUCAUUAUGACUGUUCUUCAAUGCAUUGGGCAGUCGAAGGAGGGCACUUACCAAUGCUUGACUGGCUGUUAGGGAAAGGGGCUGAAGUUAACUCGCGAGAUGAAACAAGAGCAACAGUGCUGCACUGGGCAGCUUCGAAUGGAGACACAAGAACAUCGCAGCUUCUGCUUGAGAGAGGAGCUGAUAUUGAGGCAAAGGACAAUGAUGGAAGGACUACACUGCACUGGGCAGCUUCAUUUGGCCAAGAGGACGUGGUGUCGCUACUGCUUGAGAGAGGAGCUGAUAUUGAGGCAAAGGCCAAUAAUGGAAGGACUGCACUGCACGGGGCAGCUGCAAGUGGACAAAAGGAUGUGGUGCAGGUGCUGGUUGGGAGAGGAGCUGAUAUUGAGGCAAAGGCCAAUGAUGGAUGGACUGCACAUCGCUGGGCAAGAUCGAAUGGGCAUAAGGGUGUGGCGAAGCAGCUGACAUUGACAAAAAACAAACGUUUUAUCCGGGUUUGGCGUUACUACUCUAGUAUUCUAAUCGGUAACGGGGCGCGUUACGGGUUUUAGGCCAAUCAAAACUAUCAAUUUCGACAUGGGCUUCUCAAACUCGUAACGGGCCCCGUUACCAGCCAAGUCGUGUUUGCAAAAACGCGGAACGGGG